AUGAAAGAUUCUAAUUCACCAGCGUCAUCCGCGAGCGAAGCGGACGACUCGCCAGAUACAGAGGACGAGAUCGCAGAAGUGCGGCGGCCAAAGUCAAAGAAGACGUUAAAGCGCAAGAGGCGAGCCACGGAUGCGACGCAUUUCGGUGCAACUCUCCAGUCUCUACUGAAUACAGAUGCGCCAUCUAUCUUGCCUCUGUCACUCAAGCCAUCGAUUGCGAGAAAACGGAACAAUGAGAAACUCGAAAAGAAGGGGAAGAAGGUGCUACAAGUAGAGAGGAAGGAGAAGGAAGAGAAGGGCCGGAUUAGGGACGUAAUUGGCGGGUGGGGAGGGGAAAGCGAGCGAGCUCUCAGAAAGGUAGCCCAACGAGGAGUGGUGAAAUUAUUCAACGCUAUUCAACAAUCACAAGCUGCAUCAAAUGCUGUUGCCGGAGAAGCAAAAGCGCACAGAGGUUCCGGCAAGCCAACAUUACCUGCGCCAACUAUCGGCAAGCCUAUAGCAAAGAAGGGGAAACGGAAAGACAACCUUAUCGGCAGAGGGAAAGAGGCAAAUCUCGGUCAAGAUGAUUUCCUCGACAUAAUCCGGUCUGGAGGCACAGUAUCCAAAGCAUAG